GAAGGGAGCCACGACUCGCUUUGGUUUGCCAAUCGAGCAUACGCAGGCAGGUUUGCUUGGAUUCUUGAUUUAAUCUUGUGUCUUUGCGACAUUGUUGAUUUUAGAAUUAGUGAGAAGUGUCGUAGCAUCGUGAUCCUUUAGAAUAGUUACACCUCGGAUUUAAAAUGGGAUUCAAAUUUUUGGAGGUAAUAAAGCCGUUUUGCAGUAUACUCCCGGAAAUAGAAAAGCCGGAACGAAAAAUACAAUUUCGGGAAAAGGUAUUAUGGACAGCAAUUACUUUGUUCAUCUUUUUAGUAUGUUGUCAGAUUCCUUUAUUUGGAAUUAUGUCUUCAGACAGUGCAGAUCCUUUUUAUUGGAUUCGUGUUAUACUUGCAUCAAAUAGAGGAACUCUUAUGGAAUUAGGAAUUUCUCCCAUUGUUACAUCUGGUUUGAUCAUGCAGUUAUUGAGUGGUACAAAAAUAAUUGAAGUUGGUGACACUCCAAAAGAUAGGGCUCUGUUUAAUGGUGCUCAAAAAUUAUUUGGAAUGGUUAUUACUGUUGGCCAAGCUAUUGUAUAUGUAAUGACUGGAAUGUAUGGUGAUCCAACAGAAAUUGGCGCUGGUGUUUGUUUAUUAAUUAUUAUUCAGUUAUUUGUUGCUGGUUUAAUUGUACUAUUGUUGGAUGAAUUACUUCAAAAAGGAUAUGGAUUGGGAAGUGGAAUCUCUCUUUUUAUUGCUACAAACAUUUGUGAAACAAUUGUAUGGAAAGCAUUUUCUCCAGCUACUGUUAAUACUGGACGUGGUACAGAAUUUGAGGGUGCUGUAAUAGCACUGUUUCACUUAUUGGCUACAAGGCAAGACAAAGUUCGAGCACUUCGCGAGGCAUUCUAUAGACAAAAUCUUCCGAAUCUUAUGAAUUUACUUGCUACAAUUCUAGUAUUUGCUAUUGUAAUUUACUUCCAGGGUUUCCGCGUUGAUUUGCCAAUCAAAUCUGCCAGAUAUAGAGGACAGUACAGCAGUUAUCCUAUUAAAUUGUUCUAUACAAGCAAUAUUCCAAUCAUUCUUCAAUCUGCAUUAGUAUCCAAUUUAUAUGUUAUUUCACAAAUGCUGGCUAUUAAAUUUCAAGGUAACAUUAUUGUGAAUUUGUUGGGAGUAUGGUCCGAUAUCGGUGGUGGUGGUCCAGCACGAUCUUAUCCUGUUGGAGGAUUGUGUUAUUAUUUAUCACCACCAGAAUCUGUGGGACAUAUUUUGCAAGAUCCUAUUCAUGCUAUCCUUUAUAUUCUUUUUAUGCUUGGAUCUUGUGCUUUUUUUUCAAAAACGUGGAUCGAGGUUUCUGGUAGCUCAGCAAAAGCCGUUGCAAAACAAUUGAAAGAACAACAAAUGGUAAUGAGAGGACAUAGGGAUAAUUCUAUGAUUCAUGAAUUGAACAGAUAUAUUCCAACUGCAGCAGCAUUUGGUGGAUUGUGUAUCGGUGCUUUGUCUGUAUUAGCUGAUUUCCUGGGUGCAAUAGGUUCAGGUACUGGUAUUUUACUCGCUGUCACAAUUAUAUACCAGUACUUUGAGAUCUUUGUUAAGGAACAAAGUGAAGUGGGUGGCAUGAGUGUACUACUGUUCUAAACUCAAUUUAUAUAGACUUUAAAAGUGAACAUUUUUUAAUUCUGAAGAACUGAAUAAUAAUUUAUUGUAAAGUAAGUCCAUUCGACAUCAAAUACUGUUGAUUACUCAAUAGAGUAAUGGAAGGUCUUCAAUAUGAAU